AUGUCAGCAGCCUUGCUAUGCGUAUGCAUACUUGCUGCAAUCGCAGGCAUUUUGUUUGCGUAUGACAAUCGUCGGGUACCAGACCUGCCAGAUGGCUUGAAUAUCAACGCAAUCAUCUCACUCCUUGCAAGCUUUGCCAAAGCUGCACUCUUGGUUGUCGUUGCUGCUGCACUUCGCCAGGAGAAGUGGCUCUGGUUCAUAGACAAGCCACGACCCCUCGCCACGGUCGACGCGUUUGAGGAGGCCAGUCGUGGUCCUUACGGCUCAGCUAUGCUCAUUUUGAGUCGUCGAGGAAGUAUUCGAGCUCUGUUAGCUGCUUUGGUCACCGUCCUUGCUCUCGGCUUCGAGCCGUUCCUGCAACAGGUAUUGAACACUGUUGUCCGGGAGACCCCCAUUGCUUCCGACCCAGCUUCGAUCCGUACCCCAACUUCAUACAACGAACCGGUGAUUGGAAACCUGGGAGGCUCGGGACUGUCUCUUAAUGCCUUGAUCGGCGCCUUUGGCGGUGCCGCAGGCGCAGUACCGCCUCCAUUCUGCUCUAGUGGAAAUUGCACAUGGCCGGCAUACAACACCCUUGCUAUGUGUACGCUCUGCCAGGACAUGACAGCCAAAGUCAACCUGAGCGGAGACCCGUACAGUAUCAACCUCACCUCGCACCUCGAGAAGUUUUCUCAAAGCAACGACACUUCCUCCACCAGCAGCUGGACGCCCAAGUAUUCUUUCCCCAAUGGCAAUCCCGUCGACAUCUCUAUCUCGCUGGACCUCGCACUGGGAAGUAGUGUCCAAUGGUCCGUUAACUACCCUCGUCGCGUGGUGUGGCCACUGAACAUUGACCCGACACCUGACAGCCACUGGGGUUAUAGUUGGGACAACAAGUCCUAUGGAGGUAUCGACUCUCCACUGUUUGCCAUGGGUUACCUGGACUUGAACCUAACCGCAGACUUUGGCCAAGUCGUGGUCCAGAAGGCAACAGAAUGCGCCUUCACUCCUUGUGUUCGGACAAUGGACACUGCCGUCAGGAACGGAGCGUUAGUCUCGAAUGCGACAUCCACAAAUUACGGCACCAUACUUAUAGGCGAAGGCCAACCCGAUGGCCGGGUUCUGACAGGCUGGAACGUCACCAUCAAUGGAACAAACUACUCCAUCUACGACGCUGGGAACGACGACUCCCAAGGGCGAGCCUUUUUGCUCAUCCAGGCUCUGCGCAUCGCCCUCGAGGGAAACACCACGUACAGCCACUCGGGGUACUGGUACCCCAACCCUUCUGACGGGGGAGCAUUGGACUUCGACUCCACCGGCUUUUCACAGGCGUAUGGCGGACCCUGGAGCUCCGCGGGCCAACAAGCAAUCGACGGGAACGGCGACUUCAGCGACGUGGUAGACGGAGUCGGACGUGCACUGACGGGCCGGUUUCAACAACUCCAGGACAGCGUCGCCAUUGGCACCACACUGCAAAGUGAGGCCGUGGUCCUUGUCCGCUGGGAGUGGAUCACCUACCCGCUGGCGCUCACCGUCUUGGGCCUCGCAGGGCUAUUGCUCACCAUCCUCUCCACGCAUCAACAGCACAUGGCUGUCUGGAAAGAAUCAACCCUCCCCUUGCUGUUCAGAUAUACCGCGGCAUCUGCAGCAGCCGACAGCACAGAGACACAUGCACAAGCCCACCACCACCACGACGGCACGCUCAACGGCAUCGGUGCCGGUGCCGGCCCUCCUCGCACAACCACAGCCUUGACGCUAAGCGCAAUCCCCCCGCCAGAGUCCAACCGGGUCAGUUCCAUCGUCACCCAAGCAGCCGGCGAGCAAGUGCAACUCUUGAGACGCGAUUCCUUCUGGGUGCUCGACCCAACAACCUCCUCUGCCUCCACUUCUCGCGCGCCCGUCCCUAUCGAAAGCGCGGAGCACACGACUUCAGCAUCUAGAUUGGUGCCCUCAUCAACAUCAUCACCAUCAGAAGCUCACUCCCGUCAGCCUGGGCAGGAGUUUCGAAUGCACGACUUACAACUGAAUUUUGAUCCUCCCCCGCGGGAUCUCGCGCGAGACCAGAGGCGGGGACGAUGGAUCUGA